CUUCUGGAAUUCUUUAAUACUUAAAUUUAAAAAUUGUGGAUUUAAACAAGUCAUACAACAUUUUAAAAAUAUUUUUUCAUGUAAAAUUUGUAUAGCCUUCUUGAAUAACCACAACCUCUCUGCAUCAUGCCUAAGGACGUACGGUAUUUAUCAAAAAGAUGAAAAAACCAAUUAAUUAAUUGUGAAUUGCAUUGUUAUAAAGAUUCUUUGAUACAAUCAAUUGUUUGGAACGUAGCACUUUUUCCGGUAGAUGAAGCGCGAAUGACUUUUGAUAAUAUAUCUUGUAGAAGUGUUACAUUGCUGAAAGAUCAAAACAGAUUAUUAAUGGAAUUACAGUAGAAAGCACAAAUGGACACAAUAUUGAUUUACGUUCUUCAUUUCAUGAAGAACAUGAUAUUGAAUUAUGUUCUUCAUUUAAUGAAGAAUGUGAUAUUGAAUCACGGUCUUCAUUUGAUGAAGAUGGCACUCUGACAUUGACAGAUAUUAGCGAUUGUAUAAAUGAAACAAAUUUACAAACAGAUUUACAAAGAUUAAUAAUUGAAGAUAACAUUUCACAUAAUACAGCUAACAAUUUACUUUCGAUUUAAAAAAACACGGUCAUAUUGAAUUAUCUAAUGAUAUCAGAGUCUUACUUGAAACCCCACGAAAUGCGUCCGUUAAUUUUAGAGGUGCAGACUGUGGUCGCUACGUACACUUUGGCCUUUCUUCUAGUCUGGAGCGAUUCAUAAAAAUAUAUUUCAAAUUUUUGCAGACUAAAGAAAUAAAAUUAAAUUUAAAUAUAGAUGGAUUACCACUUUGUAAGAGUUCCGGUAGUCGAUUUUGGCCGAUUUUGGCAUCAAUAGAGGAAAUUGAUGUUUACACAAUGUCUUUUAUUAUUGGAGUAUAUCAUGGUAUCUGCAAGCCUACUGAUGCUAAUGAAUUUCUAACUGAUUUUGUUAAUGAAUUUAUUGUACUUUCUCAACGUGGUAUAACCGUUUACAAUAAAACGUUUAGAGUUGUUAUUAAUGUAAUUGUAUGUGGCGCUUUGGUUAGAUUAUUCAUUACUUAUACGAAAAGUCAUUGUGAAUAUUUUUCUUGUUCUAAAUGUAUACAAGAAGGUGACUUUGUAAAAAAUAGAGUAACUUUUCUCGAAAUUGAUUGUACUUUACGUACAAACGAUACAUUUAGAAAUCGAAUUCAAAUUGAACAUCAUUUAGGUAAUUCUAUAUUAGAAAAAUUAUCAAUUAAUAUAAUUUCACAAAUUCCAUUGGAUUACAUGCAUUUAAUUUGCUUAGAUGUUAUAAAAAGAUUGCUGCAAUUUUGUGUUAAAAGAAAUAAAAAUAUUAGAUUGACAGCAGAAGAUAUAAAUUCUAUUUCGUUUCGUCUAAAAGCAAUUAGGUCCUGUAUUUCAACAGAAUUUUCAAGAAAACCGAGAAGUUUACAUGAACUUGAAAGCUGAAAAGCUACAGAGUUCUGACAAUUCUUGCUAUAUAUUGGAAUUGUUACAAUGAAAUCAAUAAUGCGAUCAAUAUACUAUGAUCAUUUUGUUUCUCUUACUGUUGCUAUAAGAAUUUUAAGCGACCCACAGUUAUGUAUAUCGUUUAAUGCUUAUGCUAAUUCGUUAUUGGUAUGGUUUGUUUCAAAUUAUAGAAAGAUUUAUGGUGACGAAUAUUUGUCACACAACGUUCAUAAUCUUAUUCAUUUGGUCAACGAUGUAAAAACCUUUGGUUAUUUAGACAAUUUUGCUGUUUUAAAUUCAAAAACCAUAUGCAAAAGAUUAAAAAGAAACUACAUCAAACCGGAAAACCAUUAAAAGAUUUAUGAAAUCGUAUGUUUGAAGAAUUGCAAAUACCAAUUUAACCGCAUGAUCGCACGAUGCAAUAUCCAAUUCCGGUUUUUAAAAACCGGUCGAAUAAUGAAAAUAUUUCUUACCUGCAGUUUAAAUGUUUUAAGAUUGCAAUUAAUAAAAGUGACAAUUGUGCCUUAUUUAUUGACAACUCUGGUUUUUAUUUUAGAUAUUUUUGAACAGAACAACGUGUUAUGUUCCCGUGCACAACGUUUUUUAAAUCCAGAUUCUCUUUUCACUACACCGUGCGAUUCGAAAAGGCUUAACAUAUUAGUAUUAUCAAACGUUAUUACAUUUAAGAUUAUAACAAUUCCAGUUACACGAAUACAGAAAAAAUGUUUAAAACUGAAAUAUCUUGAUGAAGUUGAUUCCUAUGUAAUAGUACCGCUUCAACUCAUCAAUAAUUAGAUGUAGUAAAAGUUUCUUAAAAUACAUUAAGAUGUUAACUUUUAGAUAAUUUUUUACAACUUGAAUAUGAACUUUCGUUCUUUAUAUUGUAUAAAUACCGUGCAAUUUUUUAUAUCUUGGGUUUGCAAGGACAAAAGGAUAAUAAAAGAUCGCGAAAGGAACAAUGAGUUGUGACACAAGACGAACACAAAAAAUGUAUGCGGUUGUAAAAUUUGUCACGGACUCUACAUAUUCAGAAAUACCAAUAACAUGGCUCAUAGAAAAUGAUAAUGCCGAUAAUCUGUUGUGCUGGUGGCCGCCUAAAUCAGCAAACUGUCCACAGCUGAUUGCAAACUAUGCAAGUCCAGAGUUUAAUACAUGGGAGUGCUAUCAAGUAAACAUCAUAAAAUAUUGCAUGUCUCUUGAAUCAGCACGAAAACAUGCGACAGAUUCAAAUUAUGAGACGACCGAUGAUGAACGAUUAGGACGAGGAAAAAGACCUCAUGUUCCGUAUAAUCGCUUCAACAGCGACGACGACGAUGGAGAAGAGUGCCAAGAUAGCCAACGUCAAAAAUGUAAAAAAAAAAAACAAGUCGAUAGCACUGUUGUUUCAAAGUUACCAUUGUGUCCUGAGAACUUUGGAUUAUGUAAUAAAGAAACGAACAAUGGACAUAAUGAAGUUGCAAUAUCACUGCAAGAAAAACGAUUUGGAACAAGCACUGUGACUUCUAGAUCACUAUCAUGCUCUGAUAACUUAGGAUCAAGUAAUAUGAAACGAGGAAAUAAUGGAUACAAUGAAGCUGCAACGUCACAGCAAGAAAAAGAGGAUCAAUUCUUGGGAUCUGAUGAGAGAUGGGAAGAUAUAGACAUAAUACUAAACGAUUCCAAUCCCUUGCUUCCUGUACAGAACGUAGAAAAUUUCAAUAUACAAGGUAACUGUUACGAAUGCAAGCAGCAUCGAAAUGUACUUAGGUAAAAUUGCUAUUAACAUUUUGCAAAAUGUUAGAAAUAUUUUCUAUAUGGUUCAGUUUCUUCAAACAUGUAUUUUCGAUAAUAUUGUGAUUGGCAUUCUGCAAAAUGUUCAAAAUGUUUCUUAUAGUUCUUUUUCUUUACAAGAUAUUUUUAUAGCGAUUUUGAUUUGCUGAACAUUGCGAUUGACAUUUUGCAGAAUGCUUAAUUAAUGUUGUUCAAUUUUUAUAGUAUAUUAUACUCGUAUUUUAAUAGAUUACUAGAAUCUCAAAACAUUGUGACUGAUAUUUUGCAAAAUGUUUAAAUGUUUCCCAUGACUUUGUUUCUCUAAAAAUGUACUUAGGUAAAAUUGCGAUUAACAUUUUGUAAAAUGUUAGAAAUAUUUUCUAUAUGGUUCAGUUUCUUUAAACAUGUAUUUUUGAUAAUACUGUGAUUGGCAUUCUGCAAAAUGUUCAAAAUGUUUCUUAUAGUUCUUAUUCUUUACAAGAUAUUUUUAUAGCGAUUUUGAUUUGCUGAACAUUGCGAUUGACAUUUUGCAGAAUGCUUAAUUAAUGUUGUUCAAUUUUUAUAGUAUAUAUUAUACUCAUAUUUUAAUAGAUUACUAGAAUCUGAUAAAACAUUGUGACUGACAUUUUGCAAAAUGUUUAAAUGUUUUCCAUGACCUCGUUUCUCUAAAAAUGUACUUACUGCGAUUAACAUUUUGCAAAAUGUUAAAAAUGUUUUCCAUGUAGUUCAAGUUUUACAAACAUAUAUUUUCGUUAUAUAUAUUGUGACUGAGAUUCUCCAAAGUGUUUAAAAUAUAUCAGUUAAUUCUAAUAU